UUUGUUGUUUUUCUCUUACGGUGGGGAAAAUGUACUCUGUGGAGGACACACAGGUGGCCAGGAACGUUGAGCUGAAUGACGGCUCUCGAAUGCCACUGCUGGGUCUUGGGACAUGGAAGUCCUCUCAUCUGUCCCCGACCUCGAUCCAGGGUGCAGUAGAGACUGGCAUCGCGGCUGGAUACCGCCACAUAGAUACUGCCUACAGUUAUCAAAACGAGGUGGACAUUGGAAAGGCUCUGCGCUCCAAGAUGCAGCAGGGCAUCAUCCGCCGUGAGGAUAUGUUUAUUGUCAGCAAGCUGUGGUGUACCCAUCAUGCCCCAGAAGACAUCCCUGUGUGCCUCAAUAAGUCCCUAAGUGAUCUCCAACUGGACUACCUGGAUCUUUAUCUUGUGCAUUUCCCUGUUGGCCUGAAGAAAAUGGGUGAUGAGCUUUUCCCAAAGAAGGAUGGAAAGAUGGUGACCUCUGACGUAGACUACGUAGAUGUGUGGAGGGGGAUGGAAGCACUGCAAGCCUCGGGGAAAGUAAAGAGCAUCGGUGUGUCCAACUUCAGCAUCCUGCAGCUGGAGAGACUCCUCGCUCUGUGCAGGGUUCCCCCUGCGGUCAAUCAGGUGGAGCUACAUCCUUACCUGAUCCAGACAGAUAUGAUAGAGUUCUGCAAAUCCAAGAACAUUGCCUUGACAGCCUACAGCCCCUUCGGUUCACCUGGGAGACCCUCAGAACUGUUAAGAGAAGACACAGAUCCAUAUAAGCUGCUGGAGGACCCAGUCAUUGCUGAUAUCGCCAAGAAGCACAAACGCAGUCCUGCACAGGUCCUGCUGAGGUACCAUGUGCAGCAGGGUGUUGCAGUCAUCCCCAAGAGUGAAAAGCCUCACCACAUCCUUGAAAACACAAAGAUCUUUGACUUCAGUCUGACUGAAGAAGACAUGAGUGCUCUGAAGGGACUGAACCGAGGGUGGAAGGCCUGUGCAAUUGAAGAAAUCAAGUCUCACCCGUACUACCCCUUCACCUGAGAGAGAAGACGCCACAACGACCAACGCUGGAGCAUCCAUCAGUGACCUGUUUACUAAUAACGAUGAAAUG